UGUUACCAGUCUAUGUCAAACUUCACCUGCAUGCCGAAUAUUUUUGAUAUUUGAACAAAAAAAUCCCGACAUUUCUUCCUCUUUUUCUCUUAAGAAUGGAAGAGGACGAUGAACUUUUUGAAGUCGAAUACUUCCUCAAUACCCGUGUAAAGGAUGGCAAGCGGUACUAUAAGGUGAGAUGGAAGGGAUUCCCACCAGAGGAGGACACUUGGGAACCCGAAGAAAAUGUUCUGGAGUGUGAAGAGGUUUUGGAAGCCUUCUGGAGGAAGAGAAGACGAAAUGCUAAUAAAAGACAAAAGUUACGACGUGACCGUUUGAUGUCAGAAGGAGAAGAUCAAGACACAGCCAGCACCUCACGCGAGAACAAGGCUACAGCAUUUUUUGGGGAUAUUGAACCUCUGGGACUAACAAGACAAGCAAGCAAAGAACUAGCAAUGUGCAUGAUCCAAACCCGAAAGACCAAGACAUGCUCCGAGUCGUCAUCUCAGGCAGGAAGUGACGUCGCACUCAUGGAAAGUGACGUAUCAAAUCAAUCAUCUAGCAAAUCAACUCUCUUGUCUUCUCAAACCGGAAGUGACAUCACCGCGUCUGACAACGACGUUUUCAGUCAGAGUUCAGACGUAAAGUCUUCUGAGACCGGAGAUGACAUUUUAAAUCGAAGUACUGAAAGCACCAAUGAAAGUAACUCUACUGACGUCAUUCAUAUUUCUUCGCACGAAUCGUUAAACCAAAGCGAUCUUGAGUCCUCACCUCUAGAGACGUUGGAUAAAAACAUAAAAUCUAACAGCGGAAAAACUAAUAACAUCGAAAUUAUUUCGCUUCUGAGUGAUUCUGAGGACAAUAAUAGUGAGGUAACUGGAAGUCGGACCCAGUCCCCUCGCGUCCUUCAGUCGCCACUAGAUGUAUCAAGUGACUGCAGUCCUGUCAUUCGGCGGGAAUCCCUCGAGACUCCCGAAAGUACGCCUACUAAGUUUUCCCAAUCAAAUGGAGCUCAAGACACUAAAAAAGCCUUUGAUACCUCGUCAGAACAAAGUCCUGGUUUUAUAAAAGAAAACGAUGAAGACCAAAGUAUAUUUGGAACCCCUGUUAGAAGAAAAAACCGUUUUGAACUCUCACUGAAAAAGAAUAGAAAAAGAAGUUUGAACAAAAAGGAAAGCUCAUCUUCUGAGUCUCCGAAAACUGAAGAAGAGGCUCUAAAUUUUGGCGCGAAAAUUAAAAACCAUGAUAAUUCUUCCGAUGAUGAAAGUUUGGUCAAAAUAAAAGGAAAAACUCAGCUACAAACGCUAAAAGAAAGAAUGUUAGAACUCGAAAACUCGGAGAAAAUCCUAGAAAAAAGUGACUCAGAAUUUCUAGAAAUUAGUGAGCCCAAAGCAAAGAGGGCACUAAUUAAAGGGGAUAGAUCUAACGAAAGCUCAAUGGUUGAUAACGUAUGCCCUACAAUAACGGAGUUGAAAGGCAUUAUGCAUAAAAUAGCAAGGGAUAAAUACCAAAAGCACAUAGAUGCGGAACAAGGUGAGGGUACUGAGAUGGCUUGUAUCAAAAAUCGAGAAUCUUCGGAUGUUUCUUGUUCGUCCUCUCCUGAUCUAUCUAAGGCUAAGACUUCAAAAACGAUGUCUCAUAGUGAUGAGAGACGUGCUGUCGAGAAAAUGUUGCCUGAAGAUGAUGAUGUACAAGAAAAACAAGAUGGAUUGAAUUUGUGUAGUUCUGAUGUAUCGAAGCGUUUGUUGGUUGAAGAUGAUGAACACUCUACCUUUGAUGGACGUAUGGCUUCUAUAGAAGACAGUGCAACUGCGUGUAACGAUGAAGGCGAAAGUAAUGCAAUGAUAUCAAUAUCUCUAAGUGAAACAAAGGAUGAGAAUUUGAAAGACAUCGAAAAAGAUGAAAUUAGUUGUAUGUAUGAAUCACCCAGUCUUGAAAAGGGUGAUCAUUUACAGCGCAGGCCUGAAGAGGAGGGAAAUAAUUCAAUCGGUGAAGCAACUUUAGAAAAAGGCGAAGAAGAAAAAAGAGAGACUAUAAAAGAAUGGACUUCGGCUGUUGAACCGCGUUCAUCUAAGAAAGGACUGGUAUUGACAUCGGAAACCACUUCACGUGUUUUGAAAAAUCUUCGCUUUCUCGCGGCAAAGACGCGUGAAUCUAAAAACGUAGAGGCGACGAUGAACUUGGCUACGACGGAAAACACACAACAGGCAACAGAAAAGAAUAAUGAUGGCAUAAAUGGCAAGAAAAUUGAAAGCGAGAAUAAUUUAGGAAAUACGAAUGCAGAUAAUGAAAAUAAUAAGUUGGUUUUGGAAGAAAAAUUGGUCGGAAGUGAAAAACAAUUGAAUGAAGAUGAAAAUACAAGUGAAAAGGAAAUUGGAAGAAUAGCUGGUGUCGAAGAAGGAAAUAAAUCUAGGGAAACAGAUGAAAAGAAGAAAAACGAGAAGGAUGAGUUGGGAUUAAUUGAUGUCAGAAUAAAACCUAUUCAUAAGGAGAGCAUUAGAAAUGAUAACGACGUUAAGUCAAGGGUUGAAAAAAUUGAUGAUAAGUGCACAGAGAUAAAUAACUCAAUCCACGAGACAGAAAAAAUGCAAAAUAUUGAAAGCUUGACAGACAAAGAAAUAAAACCUGCUACACCAGAAAGAACACAAGUGGUCGUUCCUUACACCGAGGAGUUACGUAGAAGUCGUUAUGACAGUCUAUCAAGAGCAGAAAAGAAUUGUGAAAUGAAUACAAAAGAUAAGACGUCUGAUGACUUUAACCUCGUCGAUGUAGACGAUAUGAUGAGAGAAGACUCUGAAAAUUGUACAAACAGUUCUGCUACAAUAAAACCAAAGUCUUCGUCCGAUGUGCAAUCAUCAUUUAUUAACGACACUGCAAGCACUCAUGGUUGUCUAGGUGAUCAUGGAACAGAAGAGACAUUGGUGCAGAAUUUUCAAAAGCACAGCUCAGUUGAAAGCAGUGCUGCCAAAGAAAAAAACAAGCAAAAAAAUAGAAAACCUAAAAAGAUGUUAAAAAAAAGCCACGAAAACACAGCUGCUGGUAAAAGAGUCAAGAGAAAAAAACCUGUGCAAUCGAUGGCGAAUAAUGUAAAUUCAAACCAAGGUGUUGAAAAGGGGACUGCAUCGUCAUCGUCCAUGAAGUUAAAUUUACAGCAUUCGAAAGCAAUGAAGGGGGCUAAAGUGAAAAAAAAUUCUAAAAUGGAUAAAAACGAAGAAAGCAAUACUACAGCGAAGGCUAAAUCGAAUCCUACGCUACAGAAUACACGAGAAGAGCAGAGUAAAAAGAGCUCGAUUUUGGAUGCAAAUUUUUCAUCGAGUUUAACCAGUGGAGAUUUGAUAGGCGCAAUUAUUGGCGAAGGAAAUAGAGAAAACAUCUUGGAAGAGAACCAGAAAAAAUCCUGCGCUACAGAAAAUAAUAAUUCUAACGAUCUUGUGGCGGCAAGAGAGGAUGAAGACWUGAUGAUUGAAGACGAUGAAGACUUUGAUUUCGAGUUGGAAGAUUUUCCUUUAGAAAAAUUGUUACAAGAAGAGGAUGACAUUUAUGUAARGUGCAUCCCGUCACCUCCUUUCGAACCCAUGGAAGUUCCUUUUGCUUCAGUCAAGACUGCUAUCCGAGAUGGUGACGAAAUGACCGUGCGCGCUGCUCUGGCUGGAGAACUGGAACUAGAUACCCUGGAUGGUGCGUCGGGGAUGACGUUGCUCAUGCUCGCAGCAGCGUCCGGACAAGAUGGAGUCGUAGAGUUAUUACUGAGAAGAAAAGCUGAUCUUAAUGCAUGUCAGAAGAAUGGAAUGACUGCUUUGAUGCACGCGUGCGAACAGGGCUUUCCCGAGACAGCGCAUGUCCUAUUGCUUUAUGGCGCUGACAUUAACAAGCAACAGAUUGCGGGCGAGACCGCUUUAAUGAAGGCUUGUAAAAAAGGUCACACUGACGUGGUGGAAGUUCUUUUACGUAAUGGCGCAGAUACAAGGUUGGAAUCAAAGUCCGGUCACACUGCUCAACAUUUUGCAAUUCGUGGAUAUCCCGAGUUAUCAUCACUUAUAGAAGAACACGAGAAAAGACUGGGUCGAGUAAUAAAGGAAGCCAUACUCAAGUGUCUGGGUGAUACGGUGUCUCUAUGUAAACCACCCAUCUUGUCACAUAGAUGUGUAGUUCCUCGUGAAGGACAACAGAUGACGUUUCCAUUCCAGUACUUUCCUCAACUCUACGACAAAGAAGUUGACGUCAUUCUGUUUUGCAUCAAAGCUGUAUUCGAUGACGUAGUGUCAUUGUUAUUUGGUGAAGAUAAUGGUGUCAGAGGUGUGCUUCUAAACAACAAGCCACAAAUCCCACUUUUACAUGGAGUACGAUCCAUUUUUUCUAUCGAUCCUAAAUCAAGACAAAACACUAUAACACUACAAACCCACAAAUGCAACAAUYCUGCCUCGAGAAUAAUCCUAUGUAUCUAUGCUGUUCAGAGCAAAAGCUGAGCUGCAAUAACCAAACCAUAUCUAUAGAGUUAAACCAACAGUGUUAUAUACAGCUAUUUUAAAACACGUUGGUGAAGGUUUUGUGUGAUGUUGCAUACCAAACCCGAAAUGCACUAUGGGCUUGGGGAAUCCAAUCAGCGAAAGCUCACAACAAUAUGACUUUUCCCCUUAACUUUGUUUGUACGUUUUUCGGGUAUAUUUCCUUCUGUGCUGMCAUUGUUUUCAUUUGUUUUCAACAAAUUCUUCACCAACCUUUUUGAAAGUAACUGUAGUUGCACAUACCGCAUUUGAAUGUGAGCGUCGUGUCAAGCGGUAUAUUUUCUUCUUUGCUGUCAUUAUUUACAUAUCAAUAUAAUACAUUUUCAAGCUUGAUAAGCAACAUGCAACAAAUCCUACACCAACCUUUUUGAAAGUAGCUGUAGUUGCACAUACCGCAUUUGAAUAUGAGCGUCGUGUCAAGCGGUAUAUUUUCUUCUGUGCUGUCAUUAUUUACAUAUCAACAUAAUACAUUUUCAAGCUUGAUAAGCAACAUGCAACAAAUCCUACACCAACCUUUUUGAAAGUAGCUGUAGUUGCACAUACCGCAUUUGAAUAUGAGCGGGAAGGUAGACACUAGCCGGGUGCUUGUGAUUCCCUCUCAUUGGCAGAUUUAUUCGCAACACGCUCAUGUCUUAGGGGAGAGGAGGGAGGGAUGGUUUGUUUCAUUAGGUUGGCAACUGCUGGCUCUGUCCCUAAGUAAAUGUAUAAAUACAAUAAAUGUCCCUGAUAAAUAUAUUCCUCUCACAAGACUACUAGUAUUUACUAUAUAGCUAUCAAAUUCACUAAGAAAUAAUAAAGAAUAGAAUUAUUAUCCAGUGA